AUGACAGAAUUAAGACACAUGGCACUAGAGGUUAUGCCUGGACUAUUGCUUUGUUUUGUUUUAAGAUAUGAUGCUUACAAAAAAUCACAACUAAGCUCAGCAGAAGCAGGUGUUCCUCCUCCUAAUCAACUUAAUAAAAUAUCUUAUUUCCAUUGUUCAUUGAUAGGAUAUUUUUUAGGUUUAUUGACAGCUACUGUAUCAUCAGAAGUAUUUAAAGCUGCUCAGCCAGCUCUUCUCUACUUAGUUCCAUUUACUCUGUUACCUUUACUUACGAUGGCUUAUCUAAAGGGAGAUCUGCGACGCAUGUGGAGCGAACCUUUUAUAGUUACUCAACCAUCUAAACAUCAAGAAGUUUGAAUUAAUCAUAAAAAUAAGACUAUUAUAAUAAUUGACUUGACUGUUGCUAGGCAACUGCACUGCCCAAACCAAAUGCUAUAGCCCCAGGCAACUAGUCCUUUGAUCUCCUGAGGCUAGAAGAUAUUUUGGAGGCCAUCAAAGAAUCUCAUCUAAAUUUUACAAUAAGGUGUAGAAAUUUGCUAGAUAUCUGUUAUUGGAAUUAAGUUGGCAAGAUUGGAGUGCCUUAUAAGUUGUGAAGAACUUUCAUGUUUGGAAACUUUGUUUGAGAAGUUUAUAAACUUGAUGCUGAAAGGAAAGUCAGUUUAGCAAGACUUUAAAAAAGCUUAAAAAGUGAAAUUAAAUAUCAAACAAACAGAUCAUGACGUCAAUAUUUAAAUCCACAUAGAGAAUUUGAACAGAACUUUAUACAAGAUUUUUUUGUGUAUUAGUCUAAUUUGUUGUUUGUGUUUUUAGAGAUCAAUUUUUUUAAGUUUCACAAAAGUAAAAAUAACUCACAUAGGGUUGUCUCGUUAAAUAUUUUGCAUUUUAAUUUGAAAAAAUGUCAUUGCCGACAAGCAGAUAACACAUGAAAGCUUUUCUGUAAGAAAGGCAAAAAAAAACAAUUUUGGUGCAUUCCCAGAGUUUUAUAAAUGCAUGUUUUGUUGGGCUUCCAGAAUAUUUGUUUUUCAUAUAUAAAAUUAAUAUAUAGUUAAAUUGCCAGUUUGAAUCUAGAUCUGACAAUUUGAAAUAACUCAAGAUUGUGAGAUAUAAAUAUAUUAUAUAUAUAAAUAUAAAAUAUAUCUGGCAGCUGUAAAUAUAGAAAUUUAUUAUGGGAAUAUACAAUUACCCAUAAUUUAUUCACAAAUAGAAACAAAACAAGUACUAUUGUUUUAAAUCAUCAGGGAAAAGCAACAUAGUUUCUGACACUCAUGGUGCAAAGUAAUUUAAAAAUCUAAGGUAUGGUACCAGCAGAGUCGAAAAAGGAAAAGAGUGAAAUGGUCUUGUACAGAUACAUCUUAUUUUAAUUCCCUACAUUUUACAAUUUAUUCUCCAGUAGGGGUUGUGGAUAGAACACUUUUGUUGUAUAAUGUGUCACAUUUGUAAGAUUUUGUAUGUGAUUUUGUUCUUUAUUGUGAAUGCACACUGUGUGUGUAUACAAAGUCUGCAAUAUACAUAAGUCAUUGAAAUGUCCCCUAGUAGAAAGAUGUUCUGCCAUUUUGAUACUUGAAUAUAUUUAAAGGUCUCUGUAAUAAAGUAAUCAUACCUUUUACAAUUA